AUGGAAAAUCCUAAAAAAAGAUCAAUUGGAACAUCUGAAAAAACAAUUAAAAAAUUAAGCAUAAUUAAUUACGACAAAAUUGUUACCAACAAACCUAUAAAUGUUGAUAAAAAUAUAACAACUUCAAAUAAAAAGUUACAACAAUCACAAGAAGUGUCAAUGAAAGGCAAAGAACCGGAGAAGAUAGAGGAAGAAAAAUCAGAAAAAAAUAAUUUACCCACAGAUUUUUUUGAUGAUCCGACUAUGAAUAACAACAACAAUAAUAAUAGUAUUGGGAGCAGUAAUAGUUUGAAAGGUUCAAUAUCAACAACACAGGAGAAGUCAUCUAAUCAAGUUGAUGAACAAGAAUGGGUUAAAUUUCAAAAACUUAUAAGCAAAGAAACUCAAUUAAGUGAUCAAAUAGCUAAUGCAGAUGAUGAAGAAUUACAAAAAGAUAGAGAUGAGAUGCAAGAAAGAGAACAAGAAGGUUUUAUUAAAAGGUUAGAACGAUUAAAAGAGUUUGCUAAUAAUGUUCGUAAAUCCCGUGAAAUACGACAGUGA